UUUCCUACCACUAUGCUCGACACGAACGACACCGAAACCUUCCUAGCAUCCAAUUGGGGCCUUGCAAAGGGGCAAAUCGAGAACGGUGCAUCAGAUCUCACCUUUGCACAGGACCCUUUCCCGUCCAACGCGGUGCCCAGCACCGACAAUUCCUUUACGACGAGCGGAGGCCCUGUGCUCCAAGUACUAUACUCCAACGGAAGUUAUUCGAACAACAAUCAAGGGGGAGCACAGUUUUACUCGUUGUGGAACCCACCGAUCGAUAGCGGAGGAUGGAAAACGAUGAUGGUCAGCUACGAGGUUGCGUUCGACAAUGACUUCGAUUGGGUAAAGGGUGGUAAACUCCCGGGUCUCAGAGGAGGUAGUCUUGAUGGUUGCUCUGGUGGAAACCAGGCAGACGGAGAUAAUUGCUUCAGCACAAGGAUAAUGUGGAGGGAAGGAGGAAUGGGCGAAGUGUAUGCUUAUGUGCCGAAAUCCUCGAGUGUGUGCAACGAGACGGAGGCUAUUUGCAACGACAAGUAUGGAGAAAGCUUAGAUCGGGGCAGCUUCAACUUUACCACUGGGCAAUGGAACCGUAUCACGCUACUCGUGCAAACGAAUCAUCCUGCUGGCGCCUCCAACGGCCAAAUAUCAUUAUAUCAUAACGACGUGCAUGUUUUCUCGCAGACCGGAGUCAUGUUUGGGAACGACAGUGAUGUAACCCCGGGAGGAUUCUACUUCAGUACUUUUUUUGGUGGCUCAGACUCAUCCUGGGCCUCGUCCCGCGACACACAUUCAUAUUUCCGGAACGUCCAGCUGUGGGCUUCCGCC